AUGGCACCGAAUCUUCUUCAUACCCUUUUGAUAUUCCUCUCUUUAUCUAUCUCUCUGUCAUCGCCGUCGCCGGUGACUGUUCACAAAGACUCUCCUCCUUAUCUAUGGCCGUUGCCGGCGGAGUUUUCCUCCGGAGACGAUACCCUCUCGGUGGAUCCCGCCAUUUCUCUGAUCGUAGCUGGAAAUGGCGGCGGAUCGCCGAUUGUUAGAGCGGCGUUCGAAAGGUAUAUGGGGAUAAUCUUCAAGCACACUUUCGGUAGAGCUUCUUCUCUCUUGGCGCGAAUUAGAUUCCUGAGAAUGGUUGAGUAUGAUAUUACUUCUUUGAAGAUCGUUGUUCACUCAGAUUCUGAAGAGCUUCAAUUGGGUGUGGAUGAGAGUUAUACAUUGAUGGUGUCGAAGAAGAAUGAGCAAUCGAUUGUAGGAGCUGCCACUAUCGAGGCUAAUACAGUUUAUGGUGCUCUUAGAGGCUUGGAGACAUUUAGCCAAUUGUGCGAUUUUGAUUAUAUAACCAAAUCUGUGCAAAUACAUAAAGCACCAUGGUUUAUUCAAGAUAAACCUAGAUUCCAAUACCGUGGUUUGCUGAUAGAUACAUCAAGACAUUAUUUACCAAUUGAUGUUAUUAAGCAAAUCAUUGAAUCUAUGUCCUUUGCUAAACUUAACGUUCUGCAUUGGCAUAUCGUAGACGAGCAAUCAUUUCCUCUAGAAACACCUUCAUAUCCUAAUUUGUGGAAAGGAGCUUAUUCGAGAUGGGAGCGUUAUACAGUUGAGGAUGCCUCUGAAAUCGUCAGGUUUGCCAAAAUGAGAGGUAUUAACGUCAUGGCUGAAGUAGAUGUCCCUGGCCAUGCGGAAUCAUGGGGAACUGGAUACCCUCAUCUUUGGCCCUCUCUGUCUUGCCGAGAGCCCCUUGACGUUACUAAAAACUUUACGUUCGAUGUGAUUUCUGGAAUUUUGGCAGAUAUGAGAAAGAUAUUCCCAUUUGAGCUUUUCCACUUGGGUGGCGAUGAGGUUAAUACAGAUUGCUGGAAAAAUACAACUCAUAUCAAGGAAUGGCUUCAUGGUCGCAAUUUCACAACUAAGGACGCAUAUAAAUACUUUGUGCUCCGAGCGCAACAGAUUGCAAUAUCCAAAAAUUGGACACCCGUCAACUGGGAAGAAACUUUCAGUUCCUUUGGGAAAGAUCUUGAUCCCCGGACCGUGGUGCAAAACUGGCUGGUCUCUGACAUAUGUCAGAAGGCGGUAGCAAAAGGGUUCAGAUGCAUCUACAGUAACCAAGGAUAUUGGUACCUCGACCAUCUAGAUGUCCAGUGGGACAAGGUUUACAAGACCGAGCCUCUUGAUGGAAUCAAGGAUCCUUCUCUCCAGAAGCUUGUGAUCGGAGGAGAAGUCUGCAUGUGGGGUGAAACUGCUGAUACAUCCGUUGUACUUCAGACGAUCUGGCCCCGAGCUGCAGCAGCUGCAGAACGGAUGUGGAGCACGAGAGAGGCUGUGUCAAAGGGAAACAUAACGUUAACCGCAUUGCGUUUGCACUACUUCAGAUGUCUACUGAAUAACCGUGGGGUUGCAGCGGCUCCGGUCGAUAACUGGUACGCAAGAAGUCCGCCCUCUGGACCUGGCUCUUGCUAUGUUCAGUGA